CCGGACGCCGGCGCCACGCUCCAAUACCGCAUCCUCUGCUUCUCCUCCCACAGCCCUCCUCAAAGAUGCCGCCACCACUCUAACCCGCGCCCCACCGGCACCACCGCACCGCCCCAUUCCACUCUCCACCACCGCCCCAAUCCCCAAGCUCGGGCCUUUCCGCCGCCCCCACCGCCCCGCCGGCCAUGGCGUCCCACCUCCGCCUCCACCUCGCCGCGCCGCCGCCCCCUGCCCUCCUCCGCCACCAGCACCUCCCCCGCCUCCGCCUCCCGCGCCCGCCCAGACUGCCCCUCCUCGGCCUCCCGUCCCCGGCGGUGUCCUCCUCCCUGCGCCCCCGCCUCCUCUCCUCCGGCCCGGUCCGCGCGAGGGUCGGCGGAGCCGAGGCGGAGGCGGACUCGGACGGCGAGGGGGACGGCGACGCUGACGGAGCGGGAGGCCUCGUCGGGGAGGACUCGGCCGUGUUCCGGCUGGCCGACCAGCGGGUGGCGUCCUGGGCCUACUUCGCCGGGAUACUCUCCGUGGUGCUCUACGGUCUCAACGUGCUCUGGAUCGACCCGGCCACCGGGGUCGGGACCAGGUUCCUCGACGCCGUCGCCGCCGUCUCUGACAGCCCCGAGGUCGUUUUGUUGCUCCUUACCCUCAUCUUUGCUUUAGUCCAUAGUGGCAUGGCAAGCUUACGUGAAACUGGUGAGAAAAUAAUAGGCGAGCGAGCUUACCGCGUGCUGUUUGCUGGAAUAUCACUACCUCUGGCACUUAGCACUAUUGUCUACUUCAUAAAUCAUCGUUACGGUGGUAUUCAGCUGUGGGAUGUUAAAGGCGUUUCAGGCGUCCAUGAGCUUGUUUGGCUGUCGAAUUUCAUCUCAUUCUUGUUUCUGUAUCCAUCUACUUUCAAUCUUUUAGAAGUGGCAGCUGUGGACAAGCCAAAAUUACACAUGUGGGAAACUGGAAUAAUGCGCAUCACGAGACAUCCACAGUUUGUUGGGCAGGUGAUCUGGUGCUUAGCUCACACGCUAUGGAUCGGCAACUCGGUCGCCGUCGCGGCCUCCGUUGGAUUGAUCGGCCACCAUGCAUUUGGCGUUUGGAACGGCGACAGGAGGCUCGCGUCGCGCUAUGGCGAAGCCUUUGAUGUCCUGAAGAAGAGGACCAGCGUCGUGCCGUUCGCUGCGAUCGUUGAUGGGCGGCAGAAACUACCUGAUGAUUAUUACAAGGAGUUCAUCCGGUUACCGUACAUCACGAUCGUGGCUCUGACCCUGGGCGCGUACUUUGCGCAUCCGUUGAUGCAGGCGGCCAGCUACCGGCUUCCCUGGUAACUAACGGUGAAUGCAGGUUGAUGAUGUGUGUAUGUAUGUCAUUUUGUAGUACUCCCUCCGUCCCAAAAUUCUUGUCUUAGAUUUGUGUAGAUACGGAUGAAUCUAAUACUAAAACGUGACUUGAUACAUCUGUAUGUAGACAAAUCUAAGGCAAGAAUUUUGGGACGGAGGGAGUAUUAUGGGAACAUGCCAGCCAACAGAAACAAAAGAAAUAGCCAUGAGCAGAUGGAUGAGCUUGCUGCACUUAGGAUUGUAAUGCUACUACUGGCCUGUUUGUUCAGGCAUCCAUUUGUAAGUAAAAGAGGACUACUCACCAAAAGAAGAAACACCCAGCUGAUGCUGCAGAUGAAAGCUCAAGCCAUGCUGCAGCUUGGGAAACAUCCCAUAAAUUGUGCAUGUACUCACUAGUUACCAAAUCAACUGAAGUUCUAUC